AAGAAGACGAGCGUUUUCUUGUUAGCCUUGAAGCUACGCAAGCUAACGCGGUGGCUGCAUACAGCAGCUGAUGAUGAGUGAAGAAGACAUUCUCUCUGAGCAUCAGGAGUGGAAUCGGAGUCAGGACCAUGAGGACUCAAACCCCACAAAUGUCAGAGAACAAGAGGAUCAGUGGACAAGUCAGGAAGAACAACUUCCUCAGCUGGAGGAGACUGAUUGCACCAGGCUCACUUUCAGUGUUGUCCAUGUCAAGAUGGAAACUGAGGAAGAACCCCUGUCAUCACAGGUUUAUCAAAGUCAAACUGAUGAGAUCAUAGAGACAAAGCCUGUAGUCAGCAGCACAACAGAACACAACACACUGAAAAUAGAAGCUGAUGGCGGGAGUUCAGACUGUUCUGGAACUGAGACUGAUGACAGUUCUGAAUGGAAGCAGACCAGGGGACCUUAUUCGGGUUUAACCUGUCUGAAAAAUAGUGAUGUCCUUGCCAGUUAUAACACGUCUGACAUUGAAGAACAAUUUAACUGCUCCGAAUGUGGAAAAACAUUUGGUCAAACAAACCAUUUCAGACUUAAGAGAACACAAGCAAGUGAGAAACCAAUAAAGUGCCUCGAGUGUGCACAAAAGGUGAGACAAAAGGUCCCCGGGCUGACACGUUCAAGAAUCUGUACAGAUGAGAAACCAUUUGACUGUUCGGAGUGUGGAAAAACAUUUCGAAGGAAGAGCCAUCUGGAUGCACACAUGAGAAUUCAUACAGGAGAGAAACCAUAUGGCUGUUCUGUGUGUGGUAAAAGUUUCAGAAAUGAGAGCCAUCUGAAUACACACAUUAGUGUUCAUACAGAGCAGAAGCUUUUUAGCUGUACUGAAUGUGGUAAAAGAUUUAGAAUAAAAGGUGACCUAAACACACACAUGAAAAUUCAUACAGGAGAAAAACCAUUUUGCUGUCCUCAAUGUGGUAAUAGCUUCAGAUUUAAGAAUCAUAUGAAUGUACACAUGAGAAUUCACACAGGAGAGAAACCAUUUAGCUGUUCUGACUGUGGUAAAAGAUUCAGACAAAAGUGUAGUCUAGACACACACAUGAGCAGUCACACAGGAGAGAAACCCUUUGGCUGUUUUGUAUGUGGCAAAAUGUUUACAGCGAACCGUAGCUUAAACAUCCACAUGUGCUCUCAUACAGGAGAGAAACCGUUUGGCUGUUCAUAUUGUUGUAAAAGAUUUCGAAGAAAGAGUAGUCUGAAAACCCACAUGAGGGUUCAUACAGGAGAGAAACCAUUUGCAUGUUCUGAUUGCGGUAAAAAAUUUAGACAAAAGAGCAAUCUUGAUUUGCAUAUGAGAACUCACACAGGAGAGAAACCUUUUGCCUGUGUUGCAUGUGGUAAAAGAUUUGCAGAAAAGGGUGAUCGGAAAAGGCAUAUGAGAAUUCAUACAGGUGAGAAACCAUUUGGUUGUUCUAAUUGUGGUAGAAGAUUUACAGACCACAGUAGUCUGAACAAACACAUGAAAAUUCAUACAGGAGAGAAACCAUUUCAGUGUUCUGAUUGUGGUGAAAGAUUUCAGCGAAAGAGUGGUCUGAAUACACACAUGAGCAGUCAUACUGGAGAAAGACCCUUUGGCUGUGUUGAGUGUGGUAAAAGAUUUGUAGAAAAAGGCAGCCUGAAGAGACAUAUGAAAAUUCAUAAGAGAGAGAAACCAGUAAGUUCAUAGACCCACAUAUGUUCCAAAGCACCAAGAGACUUUAAGGGAUGUGUGUAUAAGUGAUAUUAGAAGUGUAAAGUAGAGAUUUGAUGUCUUCAUGUGAAUUUGUUUGCGUAUGGUUAUGAUUUAUAUGGUUUCGUAGGGAAAGGUAGGACUAAAACCCCAGGGCCCAUAUUCACAAAGCAUCUCGGAGUCCUCUCAGAGAGCUCCCAACUUAGCCUUAAGAAUCCUAGCAAGGAAUAUUAGCCUAAGAGUGAUCCAGGAAGUGUCUGAGAGCAACUCUGAGUAAAGUGUGGAUAGAAACUUUUAUCUUUGUUUAGGAGGCGGAGUUGACCCCGCUGCUAGAUAAGAGGAGUUUUCUAAGAGCAGUGAUUGGUUGUCACAAAAAGGAAAGAGAAAAAACAAAUGCACUCCUAGUUAGCAAUGCAUAGUAAAAUCAACUGAUGAUAUAACCUGAACUGUAUUAAGAAAUGUGUAAUCGUGAAAAUAAUUUGAUAUAAUGAUGAAACUCAGCAAAAUUAAAUGAAUUGUUACACAGCUUGAAAAUGUUUGAAUGUACCUCAUUCACAAGCUGAUUAUUAUGUUGAGCUUAUUAUGUUUACUCUCCAUGAAUCAGCUUCAAAUUGUGAAUUAUCCACAAACCGUGAAUUGUAAAAUGUGAAAAAAUAUCUCCUGAACCAUGAACGCAGGUCUCACAAAACGUAAGUGGCAAAAUGUGAGGAUCUUGCUCAUAUAGGUAAUUCUGAUCAUGAUAUAUAUUUUUUUCCAGUUUAAGUAGUUCACGGAUUUCAGUUUACAGAUCAAUUACUUCAGGAAAUCUUGAUCGCAAACCCUAUCUCCACAAUGUUGUCUGUUUUUUGGGGGGGGGGGGGUCACUACAGCCACUGAGGUGAGACCCAAGCGUGCUCUUACUUCUGGUGUCACGUACCCGCAUGACCCACUUCAGGGACAGUGGCAGGUGGGGAGUUUGACUGGGACGGCACACCUGUCAAACAGUAACGUAUGUGUCAAACUCAGGGAGGACAGAAACCUCAGUUGGAUACUCCAGUAAAGUUACAAAGAUAUUCACAGAUUCAAUGUUCACGGCUCAAUAAAUCUUAAGAAAAACGUUGUAGAAAAACACUAGUUUCUAACGUCAGGAAGGUAGCCGACGAGCUACAACUUCAUUUUUUCCAUAUGAGCCGUCCUCUGAGCUGGAAAAAUAGUAUUGAUCUCAACGAGCAAGCAGCUGAGAAACAAAAGCAUCUACAAAUUGCAAAAAUGAAAAGACCCGCCAGAAAAAUAUACAAUAAAUUCACUGGUAUAAGGUGUAGUGUCACCAAAUUCACACAUCAGUGGUCUCCUUUUGGUUAUACUACAGCACUCAGUUUGGAAAAAUGUCACUGUGAAAAUUUU